GAUCUUCAUCUUUAUCUGAACUCUGUCCUAGUGCUGCUCCUCUCAUUCUGCCUUAUAAUCGUUGACGUCGCCACUCCUCGAUCUCACUUUGCUGCUUUAAUUUGUCAUCUUCAACCUCUUCCUUGCCUCGAUCGCUUUUCUUCAUUCAAAACUCUGAGUUUUCCACACAAUGGAAGUAGGAGCUGCUCUUAUAGCUUCUACCUUUGAAUGGUUAAUCAAUAAGUUGGAGUCCGAGGCCACUGAUUGGUUUGAAUCAAGAAAGGAGGCACGUGAUGCAUUAGAGAAUUGGAAAAAACUUUUGCCAAACAUACGCCAUGUUCUUGAAGAUGCAGAGAGGAAGCAAUUAACCAAUAAUGCUGUAAAGACAUGGCUUUCAGAGCUUAGAGACAUAGCUUAUGAUAUGGAAGAUGUCCUGCGCGGAGUCGAAGCUGAUGCACGGAGGCAAAAAUUGAAUUUAAAAACUUGUGAUCAAGCCAGCACCAGUAGAGCCAGAAAACUUAUCCCAACACCAUCAUGUUUCCCUGGUUGUAGCUGUAUUCCCGGUGAUUUCAAGGUUGAUCGGGAGAUUAUGUCCAAGAUAAAGGGCAUUACUGAUCAAUUGGAAAAGAUCAAGGAACGGAGAGAUGCAUUGAACCUGAAAAUUGAAGAUGGAACCAACAGGGCAGUUACACAAAGAACUCCCACUACUGGGGUGCCUGAAAGUCAUGUUUUUGGCCGGGAAAAGGAUAAGGAUGCUAUUCUUCAAAAGUUGUUAAUUAAUGAAGAUAGUACCAAAUGCUUUUCUGUGAUUCCCAUCGUUGGAAUGGGAGGAUUAGGGAAGACUACACUUGCCAGUCUUGUUUAUAAUGAUGAAAAAUUGCAAGGUGUGUUUGGGCCAAAAGCAUGGGUUUGUGUCUCUGACGAAUUUGAUGUUCUUCGAAUAGUAAUAUCUAUUUUGGAUCAAAUGAAUGUGAAAUAUGAUUCAAAAGAUCAUGCAGUGAUUCACAACAAGCUAAAAGAAAUGCUGUCUGGACAGAAGUUUUUACUUGUACUUGAUGAUGUUUGGAACAUCAACUAUCACCUCUGGAGCAGAUUACAAGGGCUUUUCAUGUCAGGAGCACCCGGAAGCAAAAUAAUUGUUACGACACGCGAUGAGACAGUCGCGGGAAGCAUGAGAGGAGAUGAUUGGGUUUAUCAUCUUGGUUUGUUUCCAGAUAAUGAGUGUUUGUCAUUAUUGGCCAGACAUGCACUAGAAAGAGAAAAUUUUGAUUCAUAUGGGAAUCUCAAAGGAAUUGGUGAAGAAAUAGUGAUAAAAUGCAAAGGUUUGCCUUUGGCUAUAACAACCAUUGGAGGGCUCCUUCGUGGUGAUCAGUUAAAUUCUAACAAAUGGAGAGAAGUAUUAAACAGUGAGAUAUGGAAAGUAUCAGAAGAGAGAGGUGGAGUUCUUCCAGCUUUGAGAUUGAGCUAUCAUCAUCUUCCUUCUCAUUUGAAACAAUGCUUCGCCUUUUGUGCUAUAUUUCCGAAUGAUUUUGAGCUUAAUGAGGGUAAUUUGGUGCAAUUGUGGAUGGCGCAAGGGUUUUUUCGACAACAUCAACAGAUAGAUGGAAUGAAGGAAAUGAAAAGCCUGGGUCAUCAAUACUUCCGUGAUUUGUUAUUGAGAUCAUUUUUUCAACGAUCACGUAGCAAUUCAUCACUCUUUGUCAUGCAUGACCUUGUGAUGGAGUUAGCCCGAGAUGUUGCUUCAGAAGCUUGCUGCCAACUAGAUAUGUUAGUCAACAAGAAACUAGAAGUCACUCGCCAUCUUUCAUUCUUUCCUGGUGAGUUUGAUACUUAUCAAAGAUUUAAAAUGAUGGAGAAAAUGAAGAGUUUGCGGACAUUUGUGCCAAUUACCCGACGAUAUGGAUUGCACUACUUAUCAAAUGAAGUGGUGCAUUAUUUGUUUUCAAGCUUGAAAUGCUUAAGGGUGUUGUCUUUCAAUGGUUAUCGCAUAGAGAAGGUUCCAGAUUCAAUUGGAGAUUUGAAGCUUUUAUGCUAUAUUAAUUUAUCUGGCACUCAAAUCCAAAGUCUACCUGAUACUGUGAGUUAUCUUAUAUACUUACAGACAUUGAUAUUGAGACAUUGUACGGUGCUUACUCAGUUGCCAAAGGAUAUCGUGAAUUUAGUUGACUUGCUUCAUCUUGAUAUUGCUUAUACAGAAGGUUUAAAGGAGUUACCAUCAGGAAUUGGUGGGCUGACAAAUCUUUUGACUCUACCCAAAUUUGUUCUUGGAGGUGGGUUGAGACUAGGAGAGUUGAAAAACUUGAAGCAACUUCAAGGCGAUCUACUCAUCUCAAAUCUACAUAAAGUCUCAGAUUUUCGAGAUGCCAGUGAAGCCAACCUUCAUGAGAUUGAGGGCCUUGAUAAGUUAAUCUUGCGAUGGACUAGUGAUUUCCAAACUUCACGAGAUGUAAACAAUGAAGAAAAGGUACUUUGUCAGCUGAAACCUCAUUGCAAUUUGAAGAAGUUUACAAUCGAGUUCUUUGGUGGACAAGAAUUUCCAUCUUGGAUAGGUGAUCCAUCAUUCUCCAAAUUGAAGUACCUACAACUAUAUUGUUGUCAAAACAUCACUUUAUUACCAUCCCUUGGGAAAUUACCCUUGCUAAAAGAAUUGAUCAUAGGAAACAUGCCUGAGUUUACUGGAGAUAACUCCUUUUCUGGUAGUUUUUCAUCACUAAAGAAGCUAACAUUGAAGGACUGUCCCAAGUUGAUUGGAAAAUUACCUAGCAACCUUCCUUUUCUCAAAGUUCUCGUGAUUGAAAAUUGUCCUCAAUUAAGUUGUUCACUACUGAGUCUCCCAUCACUUAGAGAGUUGAAAAUAAUAGAUUGCAAUGAGGCAGUUCUUAGGAACAUAAUGGAUGUCACUUGCCUCACCUUUUUGCAGAUUACGAGAAUUCCAAAACUUGCCUACUUGCAUAAAAGCAUAACACAGUUCUUGACCGCUAUUGAAAUAAUAUACAUUGAAGAAUGUUAUGAACUUACUUGCUUGUGGGAGGACGGAGCUAGCCUUGCCAGUCUUGAGUGUCUGAGGAUUGAGGAGUGCCCUCUACUUGUAUCGUUGUCAGACCUGCCUUUUAGUCUUAAAAUUUUGAGUUUAGAACGGUGUGAUAACCUUGAUUGCCUACCUAAUGAACUACAUGCUCUCACUUGCCUUGAGGAAUUGUCCAUACAAAAAUGCAACAAAUUUGCGCGCUUUCCAAGAACUGGCUUGCCAUUACAUCUCAAAAAGCUUCAGCUUGAGGAUUUGGUGGUUUUGGAGUCACUGCCUGAUGGAUUGAUGAAAAUAGGGGAUGGAGGCAACAAUAUGCUGCAACUUGAAGAAUUAGUCAUUAGAAGAUGUAAGCAGCUCAAAUCUUUUCCUAGAGACAAGUUACCCAGCACUCUAAAAAGGCUGAAAAUCGAAGAUUGUGAAAACUUAGAGUCCUUACCAGAGGGAGUGAAUCUUGAACAUUUGAAGAUUAACAAUCUCCCAUCUCUAAAGUGUUUUCCUAGUUCCAAAUUACCAAGUGCUCUUAAGAUGCUGAAAAUUAGCAAUUGCAAGCAAUUGGAGUCACUUCCAGAUAGGUUGUUGCAGGAUUGUACACAACUUAAAGAGAUGCGGAUUGAGCAUGUGGAAAAUCUCAAAAGCUUACCUAUUGACUUCAUGCACAACCUCAGCGGUCUUGUUGAAUUAGAGUUAUAUUCUUGUGAAGGUUUUGAGUGCUUGCCACAAAUGGACCCGUCGUCCGUCCCCAAUCUUAAAACUUUGAAGAUUGUGAAUUUGAAGAAUCUCAAGUCUUUACCCAAUGAGAUGUGCAACCUCACAUCCAUUCAAUGUUUAAUGAUAUGGUGUUGUCCAAGUAUCGCAUCCAUACCAGAAGGAGGUUUUCCUUUAAACCUAAUAACACUUGAAAUCAAUCGUGAAGGCUUGAGGCAGUCGAUGUUAGAGUGGGGCCUCGACAGACUUACCUCACUCGAAUCAUUUCAAAUUGGGGAGAUAUGUCUUCCGGAUAAUUUGCAGCUUCCGGAGUCUCUAAAAAGUCUUACUAUAAUGAAGAUGAGUAAUUUGAAAUCCAUACCAAAAGUCCUCCUUCAAAACCUCAAUUCUCUCGAGUGUUUACGUUUUUCUGGGUGCCCAAAGCUUCAAUCCUUGCCUAAGGAAGGCCUACCCACCUCACUUCAACAGUUCCAGCUCGAUGGUUGUCCGCUUCUAAAAGAACGGUGUUUGGAGGAGAAAGGAGUCUAUUGGCCUCGCAUUGCCAACAUCCCUUACAUUUGGCUUUUGAGCUAAAUUGGAGUCGGGUCAAUUUGGUGCAGGUCUUGCAGUUGGUAGGGAGUUUUCUGUCAUGCUUCAAUCUUAACCUAUUCAUGGUCCAUUUGUUUGCAAAAACAAAUUUGUAUUUUGAGAAAAGAUGUUUGAUAUAGAUUCUACCAGAUUCUAGUAUAUCUAUUGAAGUAUAACCUGGAUGAUUCAGCUUUCUGACAUGUGGGGUUUUGCCGUCGGUGUUGUGAGGGCUGCUGGUAGCUGGGGGUGGCAUGUAUGUGGAGGUGUUCAACAGAGGAGUCAUCCCUUUAGCCUAUAGUCAAGAAGAAAAAUAAAGAUGGGGACUGUAACACUUACUUGGAUGGCAUUUACCUCCUCUUCACCUACUUCACAAAACCCGAGUCAAUGGCAGUACUUGAGGAAACACUAAAAACAGAUGAUGAUGUUAUCCGGUCAUCCAGCUUCAAGGUUAGGAAGAGGAAGUAUUAGUUUAACCUCCCCUGUUCCCGUAA